UAAAGGAAGCUUCUAGUGAACAAAUAUUGCUAAUAAUGCCAAGUUUGUGACAAACUCUGAGGACCUCCACAGCUGCCCAUUCUUCACCCAAACUCCUGCCCAUCUGUUUGUCACUGGAAAGCUCACCUGGCUCUAGGAUCCCAGUCUUCCUCCUGGCCUAUGCAGGAAGCACUUGCUGGGAAGUGGGAAACUGCUGGACUGCGCCACCAUGCCCUUUGUUACCUUGCCAUGCCGAGGGGUGAGGAAUGCCUCCUGUUACCCAGUCACCCUAAGAUCACCUUUACCUCAAGUCAAGUUAAAGUACAGACACAUACGAGAAGCCUGCAUUUACAACAUCCAAAAUAAGCAAGAUACAGUGUUUUAGGAAAAGCAAAGGUGAUAACCACCCCCAGAAGUUCACUGUUCCUUCCAGAACGAAGCUUUUCCCCUAACUUGAGGGGUGCGGUUUCAGAAGGGCCCCGGUGACAACUCCCCAGAGCAGGCUGAAGGCUGCCCCGGUGGGUAGCAGAUCUGUCACUGUCGCUGCAUCCACCCACAUCUGCACCAGUCACACAGGCAUCCUCUGAGCAGUAGUGGCUGCACUGCACCCUGCUGCAGCGCGAUGGGCUGUGCAGGGAGUUUUUCUGACACCUAGCAGCACUAACACCCUGAUUUACUGCCCUGGUUGGAUUUUAUGCUCCUUCAGUGUAACCGGCAGCUGGCUGUAACAGUCCAGAUGACCUUCAGAACUAGACAGAUUUGUAAGCUUGUGUCAUUCUUUCACACUGGCAAAUCUGAGUGAGGAGAUUUGGGUGUAAUGCACCAUGCAGCAGACAUUUUGCAGUAGCAUCAGAAUCCAGAGAGAUGAGUAACAGUAAUAAUUACUUGUGCUGUAAAAGGCUUAAGCAUAAACCAUGCAGCUCCCAAAACAGCUUCCAGCUAAAGUCAGGCUACCACCUAGCCCAGCUUUGACUGAUGUCAGCAGGAUUCUCCAGUGCCAACCAGCACAAGAGCCCUUAGAGUGCACAGCCUCCCUCCAGAUAUCAGCUGUGGGACGUUUAUGGCAACCUUGUGCUUCCACAUUGUCAAAUAAAAACCAUCACAACACAAAGACAGCAAGUUGUACCGAGGAUGGCAGCUAUAUUACUGCACUUGUUCUGUACAGGGGCUGUGUAGUGCUGUCAGUCUGGCACCUUCUGCUAGCACCAAACCAAACUUCACAGCCUUUAGCUUUCAAACACUUUGGAUCAGCUGUUAAGCGGUGUAAUCUUUUUAUUUGUAAUUAGACCACUUUGGAGCUUUAAAGUGAGCAUGUCAUUAAUGGAGGCUUUACCCAUCGUGAUGAGGUAUGUAUCUUGUAGGGCCAAUUGAGGUUAAUGUUUACGGGUGAAUAAUACAAGGGGAAAACAUAAACUUUUCAGUAAUAAAUGUUCUUUGGAGCAGAUGUGGUUAGGAGAUAAUUUACUCCUGAUUAUCUCACUAUCAGGUGCUGGCAUGGUGGGUAAAAUCUGUGUGCCGUGAGCUCCAUAGACUGCAUUCAUUCAGGUAACAAUGAAGCCAGCAGAGCACCUCUGUGACUGUCCACAUUCAGGACACAAGGUUGUGUGCUACCAUGAAGUAGGUUCUGUAUAAUUGGCACUUCUUGCAGGGAAAAUAAUGAAAUGCUUUAUGUUAAUAUCUAUCUGUAUUUCUUGCUGUGAUUCACCACUCAGUCUGGUGCCUUCAAUCGCACACCCUUCUGCUCUGUUGGACAUGCAUCCAGCUGCACAACACCACUUCCCUGGUGAAACAUACCACAUGUCAAAAAAUGACUUGACCUCAGACCUCCUAAUACUAGAGGUGUUUUGUAAAUAAUUCAACAGCCUGUCCUGGCUAGCUAGGCAAUUGCUGAGCCCAACAACAGUAUUAAGGGCCAAUUGGCUACUGGCACUUAGAGGCUGAAAUUAGCCAUGACAGACGACAGAAAAGAAGUCCAGACAGCUUUGGAAGUCCCAGUGGUAGCGGUGUUUGUUUUUUAGGAGGGCUUCUCCUUUAACUCACUUAAACAGCAUUGAGCAUUUUUCCCUGACUGUUGGCACUGACAUUUUUCCUGUUGAUAAAUAGGUUUAUCCUCCCAGUCAGGUCUAUGAGCAAUUACACUUCGAUUCAAGCCCAACAUGUUUAAUUUAUGUUACACUACCACACAGCCCCCUGCAAAUAGCUAUAAAGUUGGUUUACCCACAGAGGUAAACCUCGCCACAGGAGGGCGAGGAAGUUUUGCAAGAAAACAAGUCAGAAAACCACCAGAGGCUGUCACAUCCCACUGAGAGACCCCAUGCAGGAGGGCUGGCAUUGCCCUCGCAGCCCCUGGCCCCUGAUCCUACAGCCAGGCCCUGCAGGCGUGGGGUGAGCCCCCCUUCUUCACCUCGCCGCCUCACAGCCUCUCCACUGCCAAGGGCUGGUGGCCAACGGCCAAGUCCAACCUCUGACGCCUGUCGUGUCGCUGUUGCCAAGGGCAGCGCGGCUGUCUGGGCAUAAUGGCGGGCACGGCGCCCUGAGGCGGGUUGGGGUCCGUGGUGGCAGCCGCAGUGCAGAAAUUCCUUCCUUAGAUGAAGCCAUUUUUUCUUACUCAGGGAUGCUACCAGUAGAUGACAGACUUCAAGACUUACAGAUCUACAAACUUCUCCAGUGUGUCCACCAGAAAGACAAGAAGCAAAUAGAAAAGCUGGUCCAGCAUGGCUUCCCCAACCUCAUUAACUUCACAGAGCCUACAGAUGGGUACAGCGCCCUCUCUUUGGCCUGCUCUAAGAAUGACACCGACAUGUGCAGCUUCUUGCUACAGCUGGGAGCUCAUCCAGAUGUCCAGGACAAAAUGGGACGUACUCCAGCAAUGAGGGCAGCCGAGCUAGGCUAUGACUUGGUUCUGGACUUACUAGUAAAAGCUAAAGCAGACAUGACUGUUGUUGAUAACGAAGGGAAAGGUGUUUUGUUUUACUCCAUUUUACCUACACGACGGCAUUAUCACUGCACUCAAAUUGCCCUGGAUUAUGGUGCAGAUCUUAACAACUGUACUACUGAUGGGAAGCCUGUAUUUCUACAAGCCUGUGAGCAAGCUCAUGAUAUUAAAGAAAUAUGUCUGACUUUCUUGGAAAGAGGAGCAAAUCCCGAUUCAAGAGACCCAGCUACGGGUCGCACAGCCUUAAUGGAAGCAGCACGAGAAGGUGUUCUUGAGCUGGUGCGUGGUAUACUUGAGAGAGGAGUCGAUGUUAACCUAUUUGACAAUGAAAGACACAGUGCUGCACAUUUUGCAGCCAAAGGAGGCUUUUUUGAGAUCCUGAGGAUUAUUUCAGCUUAUAAUGGAGACUUGGGCCUGAUCGCUAUGAACGGUAACACACCACUUCAUUACGCUGCAGAGGGAGGAUUUGCAAAUUGCUGCAAGUUUAUAGGACAACGAGGCUGCGAUCCUACAUGGACAAACUUGUUGGCAAAGACUCCAAGAGCAGUUGCCAAGGAAGGCGGUUUUAAAGCAGCAGUAACUGAAUUGCGCAAAAUUGAAAAUAACUUUAAAAAACAGUCUAAGUCUGAAGCUAAGGAGAAGAACCCCCAGUGGGCACUGAGGCUGUACGACUGGUCCUUAGAGCACCAGGCUGCCCUCCGGAAGGCAUUUGAGGCCGUUGACCAAGGAGAUGGAACAGUAGCUAAGGAUGAUUUCAUAGCAGUUAUUCAGAAGCAGUGUGCCUUUGUGGACACUGAGCAAAUACAAGCUAUUGCUGAAGUGCAUGAAAGAGCUGACCCUGAAGGAAUCAACACUGAAGAAUUUUUUAAAGGUUCUAAAUACUUGCAGAAAAACUAUCUUAUAACAUCUUAUGGACCCAAAGGGAAGAAAGGAAAGAAAGGGAAGAAACGAAGAGGCAAAAGAGGCAUUGCUGUCCCCAUGCCAAUUUGCAUUAUUCCAAAGAGUGUGUGUCCACUUAGGGAAGACGGCUUCCCUGUAUACAUGAUUGAGGCUGUUCAGAACACUGCUGAUAGCUACCGCUUUAACCGAGACCACCCAUCUGCCCACCCCGUGCAUGACGACCGUGCCUGGUAUAUAGAUGAACCAAGGAAAAUGUACAUGAACAUUAACUUCCUUGUCAGGGCAGGAGACAUUCUGUCUCUAGAGAAAGCAUUUGAGGAGGGUGUGCCAGUAGACAUAAAAGAUAAGUAUUACAAAACACCUUUGAUGACUGCAUGCGCAAGUGGGAACAUAGACUUCGUGCAGUAUCUUCUGGAAAAGGGGGCCGACGUGAACGCAACAGACAAUUUCAUGUGGACUCCCCUCCAUCAUGCUUGCUAUAAUGGACACCUAGAGAUUGCUGAGCUGAUAGUGAAGGCUGGAGGAGCAGUGGAUGCACCUGCAAUAGGCAGUGCAACCCCACUAAUGAGAGCCAUUGAGAUCUGUAGAUUGGAUAUGGUACAUUUUUUAAUCAAUGCAGGUGCUGACAUCCAAACAACAAACAGCAAUGGAAAGAACGCUCUUGAUAUUGCUAAGGUGUUUGCAGAUUCUAGAAUAAUCGAUCUGCUUCAAAAUAAACUGGACAAUUUGCUUAUGGUAUCGGAAAAAAAAGGAGCAGAGAAAGAAAAAGUUGCAAAGCCAAGGCCACCUUCUACAGUGACACCUGCAGAGAUGCAAGCUGUGAAAGAAGAGCUUUCACAGGUAUCUCUGGCAGUUAUAGAAAAACCUGAUCUUGAAAAGGCAGCACAUUCCCUUACGGACAGUGUUAUUUAUCUGAACUCUCUGAUAACCAGUGGUGCUACUAAGAAAGAAGAUAUCACAUUCGAACCCAGAAAAGUUUGGACCCCUGAAGCCACAACAAAGGAGCUGAUAAGAAAGCAAGAAUUGCUCCGGGAGCGCUCUACUCUUGCUGGCAACUCAGAAGCCUUCCUGACCCCCUUUAAGAGAACAGUUACGGAAUAAGCAUAUCAGCUACAGGAAGCUACUUCUACACAUAUUUUGAGGGGACAAAGAUCAAAGAAGGAUACACCUUUGUAAGAAAGGAAUCAUGUGGUGCUUAGUAAAUGCAUCUCAGUUAUGAAAAAAUGUAUAGCAAGUUUUUCUCUGCAAAUUAUACUGCUUAUGUGGACUUUUGUUAAGAGCUUAGUACUGGAAAAGGUUUAUCCUCAUUAUUCUAAGCACUGGAGCUCAGUGUAUUUUAUGGAACAGGAACUUGUGACACGUUCUUUUUAAGGGGAUUGCUUUAUGAAGCUAUUUUUCACCCCAAGAUAAAACUUUUUCAUGGACAGUUAUAAAGGUUACCCUUCCCACUGAAAGGGCAUUAAAAUAUAAGGAUAGGAAUAUGGUA